AAACUCGACGCAGCCCAACUUGGUGCGCUUCCCCCUUCUCCCCCCAGUUCGCUCGCUCCCCUCCGGCCGCCGCACGGAGAGAAGCCGCCGCCGCCAUGCAGGCCGCCGCCGCGCGCGCGCGUCGUGUCAUCGCGUCCCCGGCGGCCUCCGGACUCCCCGGCAUUCUCUGGGGCCCUCGCCUCGCGAGCGCAUCAGGCGCUGAGGGUGCCCUCCUGCUCCAUCUCCACGGCGUCCCCUCCUCGGCGUCCUCUCGGCAUCAUGCCAGGGACUUCUCUUCCUGCUUUGCCCCCCAAUCGCCUGGUAACCUUAUAUUGCCAACCAUGGCUUCACAAUGGUUGAGUGAGAAAUCAGUACAUCGUCAUAUGGCAACAGCUCAUUUCUCAACAGAAGCAAGUGACGUGGAUCACCCUACAGAAGCUGUAGAGGAGAUGUACCAGAAAAUGUUAAAAUCUGUUGAAGCUGAGACUAUGCCUCCAAAUGCCUGGUUGUGGUCGAUGAUCAGUAGCUGCUCCAAUAAGGAGGACAUUAAACUUCUUUUUCAAAUUUUGCAGAAACUAAGAGUAUUUAGACUAUCAAAUCUUCGCAUCAAUGCAAACUUCAAUGACCAUCUCUGUAUGAAGGUGACUGAGGCUUGUGCUCGUGUGGGCGCCCUUGACUAUGGUUUGAAGGCUUUAUGGAAGCAUAAUGUUUAUGGAAUCACACCAACCAUUGGUUCUGCUCAUUAUCUACUGCAACAUGCUAAAGAGCUGAAUGAUACUAAACUAAUGGAAAGCAUAAUGCAAGUCCUUAGGAGAAAUUCCUUGCCGUUGCAACCAGGCACUGCUGAUAUAGUCUUCAGCAUCUGCUACAAUGCUGAUAGAUGGGAUUUACUCUCGAAAUAUGCUGAAAGAUUUGUUAAGGCUGGCAUCAAGCUGCAUCGUACUGCAUUUGACAUUUGGAUGGAAUUUGCCGCCAAAGUUGGUGACUCUCAAUCUAUUUGGAACAUCAAUAGUCUAAGAGGCAAGUCUGUCAAACACUACACUCUUGCAACAGGUUUUGCUUGUGCAAAGGGGUCUCUGCUUGAUUGGAAGCCAGAAAAUGCCGCUGCCAUGACUAAACUCCUUUACAAGCAUUUGCCUGAUCAGAAGAAACCAUUUGUGAAGGAUGAACUCCAAAAACUGAUUGCUGAAUGGCCCACAGAGGUGAUAAAAAGGCAGAAGAAAGAUGAUAGGAAGGCGAUGGAGGAAGCUUUGAUUAAGGACAUCCCUAUGAUGAUCAAUUGUCUGACAAAGUCAGGACUCGACAUUCCUGUGGAUUUGGAGAAGCUGACCCCUCAGCUCCAAGCAGCGUAGAUAAGAAGGGCGGGUUGGCAGACGAUACCCCAAGUACGGGCUCUGUGGCGUGGGUGCAGGCAGCCAGCUAGCCAGGCAAGAUCAGCGCGCGGCCAUAUUGAUCCCCGUGUAUUUUGCUUGAUACGUGUAGCGCUUAGCCUCUCCGAUAAUAUAUAGCAUGUGUGUUGCGAUGGCGCACUCUGUUGUGACAUUGAUUUUGAGCUGCAAUUCUCUAUUUUUUUUAUAAGCUAGAACCGGAAAGCAGAGACAUGCAACAAACAGCUGUUGUCAUAAUGCCAUGUCAGUGCCAAUAUUGAUUUUCUUCCUACUCCUAUAGGCAUGUGGUUUCCUGUAUUCUAGUACAUCGUUUUUGUAUAUGGAGGCGCGGUCCUCCGAAGGAUCAUGUUCCCAGUUUUUUGAAGAGAAUGAAAAUUUGCCCAGAUCAAUUCAA